AUGGCGGAUGUGUCAGGGAGGCUGCUGGGGGUGACAGUGGAGGGAGGAGAAGAACCUUUUUGGUUGGUUGCGGCGUACCUUCCGGCGCAAGCCUGCAAUAGAGCAAGGUUUCACAAGGAGCACUUAGAGCCUUUCGUGCAGGCACAACCAGCCUCGAAGCACCUGGUGGUUGUGGGGGAUCUCAACAUAAUUGCUGAUCCAGAGUUAGAUCGGUCGCCGGAAACAGGGUCGGGGAGGGAGAACCAGCGAUUCGUGGAUGCCUGGCAACCUCACGGCCUCUGUGACGCUUUCCCCGCCCUGUUCCCCGCGGAAAAGGAGUACACCUUCAGGGUGAGAGCCACGGGGUCGACGUCUCGCAUUGACAGGGCUUUGGUCUUGGUCUCGCUGCUAGGCAACCUGGAAGGAGCUCGCCAUGUGGAGGUGCCGAGGAAGCUGUCGGGCCACAGUCAAGAUGAGGAACGCACGGUGAUUGAGGAAGUGCGAUUCAAAGGGGAGAGGAGUAGAGGAUCGCAUGCGGUGCUCAAGGCAGCCUCGGCUCACUUCGCGGAAGCCUUCAGUGAGGGGCAGCCUGGGCUGAGGUGGGAGCAGAACGAUUUCAGUGUGGACGGGGUUUUGCCGGCGGAAGCGGUAGUCAAGCUUGGGGCCGCGUGGACUGAGAAGGAGGUGAAGGAGGCGCUGGAAGGGCUGCCAAAAGGGAAGUCACCAGGGCAGGAUGGGCUCCCGGCGGAGCUUUUCGUGGAGCACUGGGACCUGUUGGGGGGGGCUUUCAUGAGGUUUGUCAGAGAUUUCGAGGUGACGGGGGCAUUACCAGAAUCGCUGACUACAGCAGUAACUGUCCUGCUGCACAAGAAGGGGGAGAAAGACUUGCUGACCAACUACAGGCCGAUAACGCUACUUACGACGGUUUACAAGGUACUUGCGAAGGUGCUGGCGAACAGGCUGAAGCAAGAGCUGCAUCAUAUAAUCUCGAAGGAGCAACACGGGUUCAUACCGGGUCGAAGUUUGGCAGACGCGGUGGCGUUGGUAGCAGACGCGAUUGAAGUGGCGGAUAACGACGGGGAGGACUGGUACCUCUUCUUGGUUGAUUUUCAGAAGGCGUAUGAUACUGUAUCGCGGCCUUUCCUCUUCAAGACGCUGGAGAAACCCGGGCUGCCGGGACAGUUUGUCAAAUGGACGGCGGGCCUGCACAAGGGUUCGGGGACCAGAUUGGCAAUCAACGGCUGGUUAGGCGAGCGAGUGGAGAUGCAGAGGGGGGUGAGGCAAGGAUGUCCGUUAGCGCCUUACCUUUUCCUGUGCGCUCUGGAGCCGCUCUGCGCGGAAAUCAGGAAAAGAGGUCUGGGGAUCAAGGCGGAAGGCGGGGAGGCUGUGUCAUACGUAGGGUACGCGGAUGACACCUCCUUAAUCCUGAAUGGUGAAGCUCACCUGCAGGCUGCGGCGGGGGCCCUGGACUGGUUCGGGGAGCUGUCGGGCUACACAUCAACAGAGACAAAUCGAUUAUCAUGCCGCUUGGAAGGAACAAAGGCAGAACGACAUUACCAGGGGUGA